GGCUUGAUGUUUUUGCUUAUGAUGAUUGGCCCAAAUUGAGUCGUUAAGGCAGUAGAGUUUGCAUUUACUCUAUUCCAGUCGAGCUCUCAUUAUUUAGCUGCAACAGCCGUGAUUGUAAGAGGUGGGUUUUCUUGACCAUAGAGAAGAAAUAUGAAUUGAAGGGGUGGAAUCAAAGACCACCAAAAAAACAUUGACGGCCUAAUGAGUUGAGAGGCAGAAUCCUCCUUUUCUUUUUGCUUCCUACUAGUUAUGCUUUGGAUUCCUGAAGUUCAAUGAGAUGACAAUCAUGGAGUCCACCAGUGCAAGAAGGUGGGUAAACAUGCCAGAAUUGCUGAUUAUUCAUGUCAGAGACCAUAAUUUUCUUGAAAACCGUAAACCUUCCUGAGGUCAAUCAAACACAGCAGAAACAGAAUGUCAAGUCAAUCUAUUCAGAAAGAGUUUUUGGUUUAUUUAAUUUGAAAAGUUCCACUUCAACCUUCAUGGUAAUAUUUGUGACGAAUUCUGAAACAGAGCAGACAUAUCUUGUUGCUUCUUAUUGAAUAUAGGCUGUUCUUUGCUGAUUCAUUUCAUAGGCUAUUGAUUGAUGCACUUUGGAUUUUAUUAUUCCUCCAAAUCGUGAAGAUUUGCCAUGCCUUCUUCACUAGGGCCCAGGUCUUUUCCCAGCAGUGGCGUAUGGACAGGAGCAAAAGGCCUUCACUUCUGCUCACGGCCAUAGCAUCUUUAAUAGAACAGAUCAUAUCUGUUGUAGUAGUGAAAAUUGAUACUCAGCAAUCUUAAAUCUUACAAACGAUGAGAUUGGAAUCACAUUUUUUCAAUUAGAGAGCUGUAGGAUUGAGUGAACUCAGUUUUCCUUAAUAUUUUCUUCUGGAAUUUUUUGGUCCUCAUUGGGUAUAAACACCUGUGAUUCUGUAACAGGCCCCCUUCUAUUCCACCAGAACCUAGCCUUUUGCUUGUGAAGAAACUUGGGAUCCCCUAGUCUCUAUCCAACUGAGCUUGGAAGCCGUAUGUCUAUUUUCAUACUAUAAUUGCUUCAAGCACUUAUGACUGUUCCCUCAUCCACCAUGAGUUCUAGUGUUUCAACAUCUCGAGGAAUGCUUCCAUCAGCAAGGCUUGAUGCCCAUGGAUCAAAUUCUGGGACUCCUGGUUCUUUUGGCCAAUCGGUACCGGAGUUCAAUGACACUGAUGAAACAGGUCUGCUCUCUGUAUCCUGGAAUCAGGACCAUGGUUGCUUUGCUGCUGGCACAACCCACGGGUUUCGUAUUUAUAGUUGUGAUCCUUUCAAGGAAAUUUUCAGACGUGAUUUGAAAAGUGGGGGAUUUGGGAUUGUUGAGAUGCUGUUUCGUUCCAACAUUCUAGCACUAGUUGGUGCUGGAACUAAUUCCCAGUACCCUCCAAGCAAAGUUAUAAUCUGGGAUGAUUAUGAGAGGCGAUGUAUUGGUGAAUUUUCAUUUAGAUCUGAUGUUCGUGCAGUGAAAUUAAGACGUGAUCGCAUUGUUGUUGUUGUUGAGCACAAGAUAUAUGUUUACAAUUUUACAGAUCUGAAGCUUCUUCAGCAGAUAGAGACUCUGGCAAAUCCCAGGGGACUUUGUUGCCUUUCUCACCAUUCGAAUACAUUUGUGUUGGCUUGCCCUGGUCUUCAAAGAGGACUGGUUCGGAUUGAACACUUUGGGCUGAAUAUGACAAAGUUAAUUAAGGCUCAUGAUUCUCAUGUUGCAUGCCUCACUUUGACAAUGGACGGGCUUCUUCUUGCAUCUGCUAGUACGAAAGGCACUUUGAUACGAAUUUUCAACACAAUGGAUGGGACUCGCUUACAAGAGGUGCGUAGGGGUUCAGACAACGCGGAAAUUUAUAGUAUUGCUCUCUCUCCGAAUGUUCAGUGGUUGGCUGUGUCAAGUGAAAAAGGUACCGUUCAUAUAUUCAAUCUCAGAGUUCGAGUGGUAGGGGAGGAUUCAUCAAAUCAUUCUAUCACUGCGCAAGGUCCAGCACCGUUUUACCGUAAUUCUUCAAAUUCCCUUGAUGCCCUUAUUUCUCCCAAUGCUGGUGCCAACCCUGGUUCAUCAUUGUCCUUUAUGAAAGGGUUUUUACCAAAAUAUUUUAGCUCAGAAUGGUCAUUUGCACAAUUCCGUGUACCUGAAGACACUCAAUUCAUUGCAACAUUUGGAUCUCAGAACACUGUCAUUAUUGUUGGCAUGGACGGGAGUUUCUACAGGUGCAGUUUUGAUCACUUGAAUGGAGGGGAGAUGUUGCAACAGGAAUACCACAGCUUUCUAAAGAAGGGUCAUCUUGAAUCUUGAUAGCUUGGAUUAGGGCAAUAUGUUCUGUGUAAAUGUGAGACUUGAAUGUCUACCAUUGUGAAUAUCAGAUACCAUAAAAAAUGAUGCGUGCUUCUGUAUUAUGUACACGGAAUAAGAAAUAUCCCAGGCCUAGGACCUGUUAAUGGUAA